AUGGCCGCUCCCAACCCCACCCGCUCGCGCUCAUUUAGCAUCAUGGCCGCUGCGCAACAGGACCACCUCGACGUUGGUGGCCGCAUCAACUGGCUGGCCUCGCUCAACACCGCCUACAGCCCCGAGCACAACUACCGCCGCUCCUCCAUCAUUUGCACCAUUGGGCCCAAGACCAACUCGGUCGAGGCCAUCAACCGCCUCCGCGAUGCUGGACUUAACGUCGUCCGCAUGAACUUUUCCCACGGCUCCUACGAGUACCAUCAGUCCGUCAUCGACAAUGCCCGCAAGGCCGUCGACACCCACCCCGGCCGCCCCGUUGCCAUUGCUCUCGACACCAAGGGCCCCGAGAUCCGCACUGGCAACACCAAGAACGAUGAGGACAUCCCCAUCGCCGUCGGCAAGGUCCUGAACAUCACCACCGACGACAAGUAUGCCACGGCGUGCGACACCGACAACAUGUACGUCGACUACAAGAACAUCACAAAGGUCAUCCAGCCUGGCCGCAUCAUUUACGUUGACGAUGGCGUCCUCGCCUUCGACGUGCUUGCCAUCAAGGACGAGAAGACGAUUGAGGUCCGUGCCCGCAACAACGGCUUCAUCUCCUCCCGCAAGGGCGUCAACCUGCCCAACACCGACGUCGACCUUCCCGCCCUCUCCGAAAAGGACAAGGCCGACCUCAAGUUCGGUGUCAAGAACAAUGUCGACAUGGUCUUUGCCUCCUUUAUCCGCCGUGCCCAGGACAUCAAGGACAUCCGCGCCGUUCUCGGCGAGGAGGGCAAGCAGAUCCAGAUCAUUGCCAAGAUCGAGAACCGACAGGGUCUCAACAACUUCAAGGAGAUCCUCGACGAGACCGACGGCGUCAUGGUCGCCCGUGGCGAUCUGGGCAUCGAGAUCCCCGCUGCCGAGGUGUUCGCCGCGCAGAAGAAGCUGAUUGCCAUGUGCAACAUUGCCGGCAAGCCCGUCAUCUGCGCCACACAGAUGCUCGAGUCCAUGAUUAAGAACCCCCGCCCGACCCGCGCCGAGAUCAGCGAUGUGGGCAACGCCAUCACCGACGGCGCCGACUGCGUGAUGCUUUCGGGCGAGACGGCCAAGGGCAACUACCCCGUCGAGGCCGUGCGCGAGAUGCACGAGGCCUGCCUCAAGGCCGAGAACUCCAUCCCCUACGUCUCCCACUUUGAGGAGAUGUGCACCCUCGUCAAGCGCCCUGUCCAGACCGUGGAGUCGUGCGCCAUGGCCGCGGUCCGCGCCUCGCUCGACCUCGGCGCCGGCGGCAUCAUCGUGCUGUCCACCUCUGGCGAGUCGGCGCGGCUGCUCUCCAAGUACCGCCCCGUGUGCCCCAUCUUCAUGGUGACGCGCAAUGCCACGACUUCGCGGUUCAGCCACCUGUUCCGAGGCGUCUACCCGUUCCUGUUCCCCGAGGCCAAGCCCGACUUCGACAAGGUGAACUGGCAGGAGGACGUCGACAGACGUAUCAAGUGGGCUGUCAACCACGCCCUGGAGCUCGGCACCCUGACCAUUGGCGAUACCGUCGUCGUGGUACAGGGCUGGAAGGGUGGCAUGGGCAACACCAACACGCUUCGCAUUGUCCGGGCUGACCCCGAGCACCUUGGCAUCGGCCAGCUGUGA